CCACAGUCUUCCUGUCUAAGCUUCCUCUGCCCUCCUGUAUCUGAAACUUUCUCUUCUCUCUCUGAGAGGGACCCCAGAAGGCAGGCUGUCCCAGGGCAUGAGGACAGGAUGUCGCUGCAGCUGCUGCUGUUGCUGCCUGUGCUGUGGGGAGUGCCCACAGUUCAGGGUCAGAGCUACCCGCUGGAGCCACCUAUGUCCCUGACAGUGCAGGAGGGCCUGUGUGUCGUCGUGCCCUGCAAAUUUUCCUAUCCGUGGACGACCCUUGGAACGCUCUACAUGUUUUGGAUCCGGAAAGGGGUGGAUAGAAACCGUGAUUCUUUGGUGGCUACAAACAAACCAAACCGGAAGCUGCACGAGAGCACCCAGGGCCGGUUCUUCCUCCUCGGAGACACCCAGGCCCGGAACUGCUCCAUGAGCAUCAGAGACGUCAACCUGGGGGACAGCGGGACUUACUUCUUUCGUACGGAGGACUCCAUUAGGGAAUACCCAUAUCUAGAUAAGACGUUCUCUCUGAAUGUGACAGCCCUGAUCCACAGGCCACACUUCCAUAUCUCGGGGUCCCUGGAGUCCGGCCGACCCAGAAAUCUUACCUGCUCUGUGCCCUGGGCCUGUGAGCAGGGCACUCCCCCCAUCUUCUCUUGGACAUCAGCUGCCCUCAUCUCUCUCGGACCCAGGACCCUCCUUUCAUCAGUUCUUACCCUUACCCCACGGCCCCAGGACAAUGGCACCAACCUCACCUGUCAGGUGAAGUUCCCUGCUGCUGGUGUGACUGUGGAAAUGACCAUCCAGCUCAACGUCACCUAUGCUCCACAGAACAUGGCCAUCAGCAUCUCCCAAGGAAACAGCACAGCCUUCAAGAUCCUGCAUAACAUGUCAACUCUUCCCGUCCUGGAGGGCCAGGCUGUGCGGCUGCUCUGUGUUGCUGACAGCAACCCCCCUGCAGAGCUGAGCUGGUUCCGGGGAUCCCCAGCCCUCAACGCCACCCCCAUCUCCACCAGCGCCGUCCUGGAGCUGCCUCACACGGGGAGUGCAGGAGACUUCACCUGCCUCGCUCGGCACGCGCUGGGCUCCCAAAAUGUCUCUGUGAGCCUCUCCACAGUCUACCCCCCACAGCUGCUGGGACCCUCCUGCUCCUGGGAGGACGAGGGUCUGCACUGUGGCUGCUCCUCCCGAGCCCAGCCGGCCCCCUCCCUGCGCUGGCGGCUGGGGGAGCGUCUGCUGGAGGGGAACAGCAGCAACGCCUCCUUCACCAUCACCUCCAGCUCCUCCGGGCCCUGGGCCAAGAGCUCCCUGAGCCUCAGCUGGGGGCUCAGCUCCGGCCUCAGAGUCAGCUGUGAGGCCACAAAUGUCCACGGGGCCCAGAGUGCCAGUGUCCUGCUGCUGCCAGGUAAACCAGAACCCAGGGCCAGGGUGUUCCUGGGAGCAGUUGGGGGAGCUGGCAUCAUGGCCCUGCUUUCUCUCUGCCUUUUUCUCAUCUUCAGAGUGAAGACCUGCAGGAAGAAGGCAGGCCAGCCAGUGCAGAGGGCGGACGACAUGAAUCCAGUCGAGGGCUCAGGCUCCGGGGCGCAUCAGCACCAGGUCAGGACAGACUCCCCCUCAGAUGACCCAGCCGCUGCUGGGGCGAACCCCAUCUCAAGAGAGGAACAGGAGCUCAACUAUGCUUUCCUCAGAUUUCACAAGCCUCAGGGACAAAAAGGCACCAACACCGAGUACGCAGAGAUCAAGACACACAAGAAGCAAACCCGGGCUGAGGAAGCAGUGAGCACCGAGCUUCAACCAGUAGGCCAUCAUGACCGGCUCUGAAGAUUGUUUUUAAAGACACAAUUUACAGUACCUGAAGCUAUGAAAUAAAUUGGAUGAAAUAUAUGUAAGUCCUGUACAUUGUAAAAAAUAAAUAUUUUUAUUUAUUUUAAAUAUUGCUUAGAUAAAUGAAAGAAGACCUAAAUAAAUGGAGGUAUAUGUCAUGUUCAUGGAUUGGGAGACUCAAUAUUGUAGGAUGGCAGUUUUCCCAAAGUGAUGGAUAAAUUCAAUGCAACCUCAAAUUCUCAGUGAGAGCUUCUGUAGAAAUUGACAAGCUAAUUCUAAACUAUGGAAAGAAAAGCAAACAACUAGAGUUUUCUAAGAAAUCUUGAAAACUGGCAAUUAAUCCUUUGACGGGGACACUUCCAGUUCCUGUCCCAUUGUCCCAGGGGUCCCACCUCUUCCUGCACAGCCACCAGUUACAAGGGACACACAUCUCCGCCAUAUCCUGUAGCAGGUUCCUUUCUCCAACAACUCCAGAGGGCUUCCAGUGGGGGAGGAUUCCCCACGUGGUGGUCCUCAUUCCAUGGCACCAAAACCCCCAGCAGAGGGGUCUGCAUGGGCAAAGCCCCAGAGGCAGGGCAGAGCUUGUCAUGUUCCAGAACCGUGAGGGGAAGUGUAGCCAGGCAAGGGAACAGCUGUCCACAAGUCAGUCAUGGAGGCCAUGGGGUCACUAUGGCAAAGUGGACACUUGCUCUCUCUCCUUUCCUUCUCCCUACAAGCACAUCCCACAGGAAAUCCCAGCUGUCCUCUUGAGAGCACACCGCGGUCCGGGCCCUCUGCCGUCUUAUGUGUGCUGCCCCACUGACUCCUCAUGACCUCCCACCUUCAGAGUCCUGGUCACAUCCCUUCUGCCAAUUCCAUCUAGAUUUCUAUUCUCCUGCUGCCUUGUCCAGCUCCCCACUUUCAGGAAGGACACUCUUGUCCUGGUCUGUCAAAUUCACCUAGCUGUCUCAUCUCAGAAGAGAGUAGGACUUAUCCCUGUAUGUUUGGAGAAAUGAAGGACAGGGUAAGUGACUGAAAGACCACCUCCCCGUAUUUGCAAGAAACAUAACUGAAACUGAAGGAUGAGAAAGGUGGAAAUGACAAGAUGUCAACAGACAGACCAUGGAAGAACUAAACAGGAGAGAACUGGUGUCACUGUCUUAACAUCAGAUGAGUGAGUUCUGGAGGCAAAGAGUGUUAGGAAUGGGCACUUCAUAAAAGCCAAAGGUUUAGUCCCCGCUCCCGAAAUAUAAAAUUCUAAACCUGUAUACGUCUACAAUAGAGUCUCAAAACACACAUAGUCACGGAAUUACAGCACCUGUCACAGGGAGCUCCAGGUGCUGAGACACUCAUUGUCUCCCCACUGGACAGUGACUUUUGGAGCAGCCUCAGGGCUGCUUUGUGACCUCAUGAGCAGAGAGGUGUUGUCUACCAUGUGGACGCUGAGGGAGGAAGGACAGUUGACCCCCUCACACCCCAGCCUCCCCCAUCUCCCACAUCCUUACAUCCCAGCCCUGGACCGUCCUCCAUAGACACCUACAGCCUGUGACUCAGAGGAUCUGACCACAAGGCACCCAAUUUCACUUCACAGAAGAUGCCCCUGAGAGGAGGGGCAUCAAGAGGGAGGCAGGAGAUGCGGCUCAGGCCCUGUGUGGGGUGUGGAUUUGGGUGAGGGUCUCAUCCUCCCUGGUCCAGGGCCCCAGGAGUGGAUCUGGUUGGUGGCUGGUUGACUCCAAUGUUGUCCCGGCGAUGACAAGUGUCUGGGGUGAAGUUCCUCCUCUGAGGAGGGCCACUGUUCUGACUUCACCUCAGUUUCCUGUUGGAACCUCCUCUAAAUCUUGAAACUUUUACUUCCUUAGAGAGAACCUUGAGAAACAGAUUUUCUUGGCACACCUGGUGCAUCCAACCCCAGACAUGUUGCUGUUGCUGCUGCUGCUGCUAUUGGCCCUGCUCUGGUGGAGGAAGGGGGCCGAGGGCAAGAGGGAGCCCAGGAAGCAUUACCCACUGCAGGUGCAGGGGUCAGUGAUGGGGCAGGAUGGCUUGUGUGUUUUCCUGUCCUGCUCCUUCUCCUACCCCUGGAAUGUCUGGGUUAUCUUUAUACCGGCUCACGGCUACUCGUUCCGGGAAGGGAUCAAUCCAGACCAGGAUGUUCCAGUGGCCACAAACAACCCAGAUCAUGAAUUGCAGAAUGAGACCCAGCGCUGAUUCCACCUUCUUUGGGACCUCCAUCUUUGCAACUGCCCCCUGGACAUCAGAGAUGUUGGGAGGGGGGACAACGGUUCAUACUUUUUUCAAGUAGAGAGAGGAAUUAUAAAAUGGAGUUAGAUAUCUAACCAUCUCAUGUACACAUGAUGGGUAAGUUUUGGCACCAGGAGAUGCCACAGGGGGAGGACACGGGGGUCCUUGGGCUGAGCUCGGAUCGGACUCUCCAUCCUUGGAAAGGGUUGGGGUACUGUGUGUUGGGGCUCAGAGGGAGGAGCUGGACCAAAGCUUGAUGCUUCUCUCAGGCCCGAACCUCGAACCCUCCCUCCUGAUCCACAUGUCUCCCUGUCUCCUCACCAACUUUGACCCGAGUGACCAACAUUUCCAUCCCAGGGACCCUGAAUUGUGGCUGCCCCAGGAACUUCACUUACUCUGUGCCCUGGGCCUGUGAGUGGGAGACACCUCUCAUCUUCUCCUGGAUGGGAGCCUCUGUCUCCACCUCAUUCACUCCUCGCUGUUCACCUUCAUCUGAGCCCCAGGACCAUGGCACCAGCCUCACCUGUCAGGUGACCUUGCCUGGGGAUAGAGUGACCACGACAAGGACCAUCUACCUCAACGUGUCCUCUCCUGGGGAAAAUGAUCAAUGUCCAGCCAGCCUCCACCACUGAUGCAAGAAAACCAUGUCUUUCUGUCCCAGACUCUCCACAGGCUUGAUCUUCACCAUCUUCCCAGGAAACAGCACAGAUAUAUACCAGGAAGUGGAAUCACCUGAUCAUAUGGCAUUUCGAUUUUAAAUUUUUUGAGGAACCUCCAUAUGGUUUCUGACAGUGGCUGCACCAAUUCACAUUCAUACCAACAGUGCGCAAGGGUUCGUUUUCUCUACCUACAUCCUCUAUUUUUGAAAAAUGUGCCCACAUUGUUUUCCAUCGAGGGUGGAGAAGCUGACAUCCCCUCCAGCAAUGGGUGAAGUGUAGGUGUUCUCCCUGCCUCACCAAACCAGGGGGAGGGGUGAAACUUUUAGGUCUUUGACCAUAUUGGCAUCUCCGUGGAGGUUUGAUUGUCUUUUCUCUUGUUAUGCAUGAUGUUGCACAUGACUUUAUACAAUAAAGAGUCAUCUGUG